CCGGUUGAGCCGCUGAAGCUUCUUCUUUGGCUUCGUGGCUCCAGGAGAGAGGGAGCAAGAAUACGGCUCUGAGGUCCCCGACGCUGAGGAGCGAGAGCAGGAGGACGCCCGGGAGGAGGAGGACGACAGAGCCUGACACAGAUAAAGGAGAGAGGAUAACGUGACAGGAGGUGAAGACUGAAGGAGGGAGAUGGCUGAGGCACCUCAGCAGCAGCAGGAGGUGAAGGAGGAGGAGGAGGAGCAGCAGCAGCAGGUGAAGGAGGAGGAGGAGGAGCAGCAGCAGCAGGUGAAGGAGGAGGAGGAGGAGAAGCAGCAGCAGGUGAAGGAGGAGGAGGAGGAGGAGGAGCAGCAGGAGAAGGAGCAGGAGCAGGAGGAACAGCAGCAGGGGGAGCAGCAACAGGGGAAGGAGCAGCAGGAGAAGGAGCAGCCGAGUCCUGUGGAGACGAAGGAGCCCAGCGAAGGCUCUGAGGAGGCGAAGGAGAGCGUCCCGAUGCCCAAGGCCCGACCUCUGCUGUCCAUGAGGUCCAUGAGCAACGUGGACCCUGAGGACAAUUCCCCCAACAUGAUCGUCUACAGAAAGAUUGAGGACAUUGUCACUCGUAUCCAGGACGAGACGGAGGGCGUUCCCAUCAGAACCGUCAAGAGCUUCAUGACCAAAAUCCCCAGUGUCGUCACGGGUGCAGAUAUCGUUCAGUGGAUGAUGAAGAACUUGGCCAUUGAAGAUCCAGCCGAGGCCAUGCACAUCGGGAGUCUCAUCGCAGCUCAGGGAUACUUCUUCCCGAUCUCAGAUCACGUUCUCUCCCUUAAAGACGACGGCACCUUCUAUCGCUUUCAGGCUCCAUAUUUCUGGCCGUCCAACUGCUGGGAGCCUGAAAACACGGAUUAUGCUAUCUACCUGUGCAAGCGGACCAUGCAGAAUAAGACCAGGCUGGAGCUGGCAGAUUACGAGGCGGAGAACCUGGCCAGGCUGCAGCGAGCCUUUGCCAGGAAGUGGGAGUUUAUCUACAUGCAAGCUGAGGCCCAGGUCAAGAUCGACAGGAAGAAGGAUAAAACCGAGAGGAAGAUCCUGGACAGCCAGGAGAGGGCCUUCUGGGACGUCCACCGACCUGUGCCGGGAUGUGUGAACACCACGGAGAUGGACAUCAGAAAGUGUCGACGCAUGAAGAACCCUCACAGAGUUAAGAAGUCGGUGUACGGUUUGACAGAGGAGGGAACGCAGGCUCAGAGUCCCAUACACACUCCUUCACACCUCGGCAGGAAAGGCACCAAGGAGGACGUGGAGAAAGAGAUCUCUUUCCUGAACCUGCAGUUGGAUCGUCACUGUAUGAAGAUGUCUAAAGUCGCUGACAGUCUGAUGACCUACACGGAGCAGUACAUGGAGUAUGACCCGUUUGUGACGGCCACAGAACCAUCAAACCCCUGGACCAGCGAUGAUCCGUCCUUCUGGGACGUGGAGGCGAGUAAGGAGCCCAGUCAGCAGCGGGUGAGGAAGUGGGGCUUCUCUCUGCAGGAGGCCCUGAAGGACCACGCUGGACAGGAGCUCUUCCUCAAGUUCCUGGAGUCGGAGUUCAGUUCAGAGAACCUGCGGUUCUGGUUGGCGGUGCAGGACAUGAAGAGGAGGCCUCAGCAGGAGGUCACACAGAGGGCGCAGGACAUCUGGACGGAGUUCCUGGCCGAAGGAGCUCCCAGCUCCAUCAACCUGGACUCCCACAGCUACGAGCGCACCAGCCACAACCUGAAAGACCCGGGACGCUACAGCUACGUGGACGCACAGGACCACAUCUACAAACUGAUGAAAAGUGACAGCUAUGCACGCUUCCUGCGCUCCAACCUGUACCAGGACCUGCUGAUGGCGAGGAAGAAACCGGAGACGGAGCAGGGACGACGCACCUCCCUGGAGAAGUUCACUCGCAGUGUGGGCAAGUCGCUGACGGGCAAACGACUCACGGGCCUCAUGCAGUCGUCCUGACAUGGCCUGGAUCCAGAGUAGGAGGAACCCAACCCAGACGAGCCGCUUACACCUGGGGAGCAGGCGGGAAGGAGCCCGGGGGCGUUUGGGUGUGGCUGCUGGAGGCGGGUGAGAGCGGCCCCACUGAGCCACGGUGCGCCACACUGGACCGCCGCCAUGUUUGAUCCACCCCCCCCCCCCAU